GAAGAUGCGAUCAGUUGUUGUGGAGACGAGCAGCUGACCAGAUCAAUAUGAGGCCAUAUCAAAUAGCUUGUAUCGUGGUGGCAGCUUUGCUGCUUUUAGAGGCGACACCAGCGGAUGCAAAACGCCGCAAGCACAAGGGUUCCGAUCACCAUCACGAUGGUCAUGAUCCCCAAAAGACCAAGACGAAGACCAAGUGGUCUACUUCUACGGAUCUGGGAGGUAGCACGCAAGUUUCCACCGAGGAGCAUGGCUACUAUGUGAAGCGCACCUUUGCAGCGGCCGGUGAAAAUGGAGCGGGACAGAAGCGUUUGAGUCCACCCUAUCUGGCCAUACCCAUCGCCUGGUUUAGCUGUGAGUCUGGACAAAAGGAUUGCCAGACAUCCAAUUCGGCGGCUAUCAACAGUGCUGCCCAGUCCUUGAGCGAAGGAUAUUUGUGCGACGAUGAUUGCACUGAUCUCUACGAUCCCAUCUGUGGCAAGACUUCCUCGGAGGUGGCCGUCUUCUAUAGCAGGUGCAAGCUGGAUGUGGCCAAGUGCCGAUCGCAUGGCAUUUGGUCUGAUUACUCCUAUUCCGAGUGCAAGGAGAAAUAUCCCAAGGAGACUGCCUAUGCCGACAAGAAGUUCCGAUCGUCACCUUACUUCCGGGAUGCGGCUCUGGUCGAGCAACUGAAGCUGGAGGAGGAGAAACGAAAGCACGAGGAGGAAAUACAUAAGCUGGAGAAGGAGCAGAAGAAGAAGGAAAAGGCGGAGAAAAAGCAAAAGGAAAAGGACAGCAGCGAAAGCAGUGAGGAGAAGCAGAACCAAAAGGAGAAGGACGAGGAGGAGCCUCUGACUUUAAAUCUUCAAAAACCAGUAGAGGCACCCCAGGUCCCAGUGCCAGUUGCUGUCCAAGCCGCCAUUCCUAAACCAGUUCCAGUCGUAGAGCCUGCGAAGGCAAGCGAGGACAUCGCUUUGCCACCCAUGCCCUUGAAGGACACCACCAGCCCUAAGCCACUAGAGAUCGCUCCCCUGAAGGAACAGACCCAGCCCAAGAGCAUGGACAGUAGGCUUAAGUAUAAUGUAGCUUACGCUAAAAAUAUCUAAUUUAAUACAAAAUAUUUAUUUAAUUUAUUACAAUAAAAAACAAAGGAUUUACAAAA